AUGGAAGUCGGUGAUGAUGAUAAUGGUAAUGAACAAGAUUUUGAAAAUGAAGUUUUACUGACAGUGGAAAGUUUUAAAGGAUUAGAAAAUUUGUCAAUUGAAGAUAAGCUAUUUGGAAUUACUCUUGAUAAUGCCUCAAAUAAUCAAGUAUUUAUUAAUGAAUUAAGUGUACAAGAAUUUUUAAAAUAUUUAGAUCAAGAACUAGGUUUAAGUCAGCUCAGGCAACUUCUUAAUAAAAUUUGUGCAUCUACUCAACGGUGUGAAAAAUUAAGCCUUGCAUGUAAGAAUAAUAGUAUUGAUGAUUUAAAACCUAUAAUAGAUGUGCCAACAAGCUAUACACUUACAGAAGAACAAUGGAAUGGACUUAGAAAAAUAGUGGAUUUUCUUGAACUAUUUAAAGAAGUAACAGCAGUAAUUUCAGGAAGUACAUAUUCAACACUUUUUAUGAUGAUUCUAUUAUUCAAUUUUUUAAUUAAUCAUGUAGAAGAUAUUAUUGGAGAUGAGAAUGAAAAAGUUAAUGAUGAAAAUGAUGAUGAAAAUGAUGAUGAGAAUAUACGAAUUGAAAAAUCAAUAAAAAAAGCUGCUAAAUAUUGCAAAGAUAAAUUAUUGAAAUACUAUGUCAAGACAAAUAACGUGUAUUCAAUAGCAGUUAUCUUAGAUCUGAGAUUAAAAAUACAAUAUUUUAAAGAUGAAGAGUGGGAUGAUGAUUUAAUAAAUGAAAUUAAUCAAAAUUUUGUGAAUAUUUUUAAUUCUAAUUAUGCCACUACCUCCUUAAAUUCCAACAUUUCCUUCACCUCAAAAGAAAAAUCAGUAAUAUCACAUAAAUUUAAAACAUAUAUUGCUUUACCAACUGUUUCUGGUAAAACUUUGGAUCCUCUCAAAUGGUCGCGAAUUAAUGAAACUCAAUAUCUACAACUUAGUAAGAUGGCCCAUGAUUAUUUAGCUAUACCUGCUACAAGUGUACCAUCAGAGCAGUGUUUUUCAAUUUCAAAAAAUUUAAUUACAAACAAUAGAAACUGUUUAAUAGGAAAAACAAUAAGAAUAAGUAUAUAUUUGAAAUCCUAG